AUGACCAAAAAGGUCGUGGGAUUAGAAGGUACCUUUUUACCUUCCACUGAUGGUUUAAACAACAGAAUUGCCACGAGAGCUAAAAAUAAACAUAAAAAAAGAGAAAAGGCCAGGCAUAACAGUAAAUUUCAGGGCAAAGCUUUGGAGUUCAGGAUAUGUAAAGCCCUCUGUACUUCCGAAGCAUUUAAUUUAGAAGCGCUUACGUCUUUACUUCACUCAAAAGACUUUAAAAUCACCAGUUUUUCGUCUGUUGGUGAGGAAACUGAUGUUAUUCACGUGUAUUCUUUUUCAGAAAGAGGGGAAAUCUUCUUCUUCAAAAGUGGUACUAUUGUUCUUUGGAAUAUCUCUAAUUCUGAAAUGCUUGAGGUUAAUAAACUUCUUCAUAAAAUUGAAGUUCGUCCGUACAUCUCGAAAAUCGUGGCGGAAGAAGAAAUUUAUUAUAAAAUAGAUGAUUCUCGGUUAUUUUAA